UCGAAUUCAGUUAGGUCUCAUCUUCUCAACACAGCAAAGCCCGCCCGCCUCUGCCUCUGCCUCUGCCUCUGCCUCUCUCCCUCUCCGGUAACCAAAAUUCCCUCAUCUUUUUCUUCUUCCAUUGCCGGCGAUAGUCUCCCUGUCUUCUCUUUCUUCUCCUCAUUUCCUCUCCUCCCGCGGCGAAUCGCAUCCAUCGCAUCGCCGCCAGGCCGCCUCUGAGUCUAUCCUUAGCUCUCCGCUCUCAACUAAAACUAUAAAUUUGCCACUAAACUAUUGAGUGGAGCUCACAUACAGAUACAGCUGGAGAAUCUAUUGGCUGGAAUAUCUCAGUAUUUUGCCUUGGCGGGAAAAUAGCCAAAUCGCAAUAGAUUCGAAAGCUCCCCCAGCUCAAAAUUACUCGAGAUGCCGUCGUCUAAGGAAGAAAUCUCUGAUUCAGACUCCGACGAUGGAUUCAGCGAAGACAUGGAGGCGCUAAGAAGGGCUUGUCAGCUAAUUGGCGAAACACCUACCUCUACAACCGCCGCCUCCGGCAUUGCUAGUCUAGGUUCCUCUUCCGAGGGGGGCUCUGACAGUGAGGGAGACGAUGACCUUCAAUUAGUUCAGAGCAUUCAGAAACGGUUCGCCUUUCCUACGGAUUUGGGGGAAGAACCUCUCAAGACGAAACCGUCGUGUACCGUGUUACCUGAUUGGUCUGACAGCGAUGAUAUUGAGGAUGAUUACGAAACCCUCCGAGCUAUUCAGCGGCGGUUUUCUGCCUAUAAUGAUGGCAGCUUGAAGGACAACUUUGAGGAAUUUUCGCACACACAUGAGCAGGUGGGUGCUACUAUUAUAGACUCGGAAAAGGAAACUUCGAAUAGCUUUGUUGAGAGAACUAAUGCUCGAGAAGGGUUUCUCAAUUGUGUAGAUACGAGCGAGCCUACUGGAAAGAAUGUAGAAGCAUGUGAUAAUACUGGUGGGAGUUCUGAUAUAGCUGAAUGGAAUGAAACAGGUGUUGAUGAUGAGGCUGAAUUGCCACUCAGAACUUCUCAAUUUCCUAACUCAGCCCUAGCAUUUGUUGAUGCUAUCAAGAAGAACAGAUUGUGUCAAAAACUUAUAAGGAGUAAGAUGAUGCAAGUGGAAGCCAGGAUGGAGGAACUUGAUAAGCUAAUAGAGGGUGUCAGAAUCCUUAAAGACUUUCAGGUUGAUAGCAAGAGGAGGAUUGGGAGAUCUUUUUCACAGAAAAAAGAUCCUCGUGUUCGGUUAAUUUCAGUGCCAAAGCUGAAGGCAAACAUGAAGACCAACGAAAAUAAUGUUCCUGCUUCGUGCAAGGGACCUCCAGAGAAUGUACAUGUUCCCAACUAUAAGGAGGCAAUGGCAACAUUUUCUAUCCCUUGUAAUAAGGAGAAGUGGUCUAAGGAAGAGCGGGAGAAUCUUUUGAAGGGUGUGAAACAACAGUUUCAGGAAAUAUUGCUCCAGCAAUGUGUUGAUCGACUCAAUGAGGCAGAUGGAUAUUAUGAGUCAAGUAAUGUUGACAGCAUCAUGGAAUCAAUUAAAGAAACUGAUCUAACACCUGAGAGAAUGAGACAAUUCUUGCCUAAGGUUAACUGGGAGCAGCUAACUGCUAUGUAUCUUCCUCGACGGACUGGUGCAGAAUGCCAAGUGAUGUAUUUAAACCAUGAAGACCCCUUAAUUAAUCAUGGCCCUUGGACUGCGAUGGAGGACAAGAAUAUCUUGCACAUUAUACAAGAUAAGGGUUUUAUUAACUGGAUUGAUUUUUCUGUAACACUUGCGACAAACAGAACCCCGUUUCAAUGCUUAUCACGCUAUCAAAGAAGUCUUAAUGCUUCAAUACUCAAAAGAGAGUGGACCACGGAGGAGGACAAACAACUUCGAGCUGCCGUAGAGACGUAUGGUGAGAGCAAUUGGCAGGUCGUUGCUAAUGCAUUAAAAGGAAGAACAGGUACCCAGUGCUCUAAUAGAUGGUUGAAGACCCUUCAUCCAGCCAGGAAAAGAUCUGGAACAUGGACUCUAGAGGAAGACAAACGCUUGAAAGUCGCUGUAACACUUUUUGGGGCAAAAACAUGGAGAAAAGUAGCCAAGUGUGUACCGGGUCGUACACAUGUACAAUGCAGAGAAAGAUGGGUCAAUUGCUUGGAUCCGUCCAUCAUUCACGGCGAAUGGACCAGAGAAGAAGAUUUAUUAUUGCAAGAGGCUAUUGCAAAGCAUGGAUACUGUUGGUCCAAGGUUGCUGCCUGUAUUCCUCAUCGCACUGAUAACCUUUGUUUGAGGAGAUGGAAGGUGUUAUGUCCAGCUGAAGUUCCUCUGCUGCAAACUGCUAGAAAGAUACAAAAGGUUGCUCUGAUAUCAAAUUUUGUCGAUAGGGAGUCCGAACGACCUGCCCUUGGACCUAAAGACUUUCUAUUGCCAAAGCCAUUAUUGUGUAUUACUGGAAAUGAAAAUGUUGAUCCUUCUACGAAAAAAAAGAAAAUAUCAAGAAGGCGAAGGGGGGCACGUAAACAUAAUGAAGAAGACGACCUUUCCAGUGAAAAUUCAGAAGAAGUUCUGAUGUUGACUGAUGGGAACGAGCUUGAAAUGCAAGGAAGCUCCGUUCACAGAGAAGGAACGCGUAGAAGUACACGUUUGCGGAAGAGAAGUACACGGUUACUUGAUGCAUCCGAGGGGGAAGAGAUUACAGAGCCUCGUGAUAGUGAUGGUAACAAUACGAGAAAAUCUAGGCCACAGAAGAAGAGAUCAGGAAAGGAUGCUGAUACUACAUCUGCUGCAGUUACAAGUGAUGAAGCAUGCUUUGAAGAGUACAAACAUCUUGAUCCGGUAGAAGAACCAACUCCAGAGGUUGAACUUGGAGGCAAGGAUGCCAUCGUCACACAACCUGCAAAGGCUUCUAAGCUGCAUCCAAGAAAGCGGAAGAGUCAAGUGCUCAAGGAAGUUCAACAGACGAAGUCCAAAGCGCCAAGGCAAGCUGUGACGAAAAGACGAAUGAAAAUGGAUAAAAAACUGACCAAUGCAACAGAUGAUCAUCCAUCGUCUUUCCCUGAGCCAAACAUUUUGAUUGAUGAUACGAGAGCAACAGAAGCUGGUUCCACAGAAGGGAAGAACAUUGAAGAGAUGCAGCUAGCUUUGGUGGAAAUAAAAGGGGACGGCAUGAAUCCCGCCUCAUCCCUUCAGCAACCAGGAGAUGAUGCAACAAGUCCGUCACCAGUAAUCGUUGAUGACUUGCUGAGGAAGAGAGAGAAAAGUUCCCAGAUACAUAUCUUUUACCAGUGUAAAAGGAGAAAAACUGGAGGCGGGGAUAGUUCGAAGCAAACGCUAGUGGAAGAGGGAUUAAGAAGAGAUGAUCAAACAUGCAAGAAUCAAGCUGAGGCUGGAGAUGAUAUGACUAUUGCUCAAAUUUUGCAGCAAAUUAAGCAAAAGAGAAAGUGAAAAUACCCUUUGAUACUAGUAUGCAACCACUUUUGGAGAAGGGUGUGUUUGGAAAUUCUUUUAUAGGAAUUUAGUCUUAGAAGCAGGUAUAUAGUCAAAAGACUCGUUACCAGUGAUUUCAUGAUUGUCAACUUCUGAAACUUUUGUUAAGGAUAAACAUUCUUUCUAGUAAUUGUCUCUAUUACUUUAUGAAAUGGGAUUUUAGUGCUUAUUGUAA